UGCAGUAUCAUUUGUGUUGUGAUUGUCGCUACCGGAAGAUCGCAACGAUACGUUCCAGUAACCAGGAUAAAGACCAACCAAAGGAUAUACAACAUGAUUAGAGCUAGCGGUUUCCUGUCGCUGCUGUUUGUGGCCAGCGCCUUGGGCGGCGUGAUCGAGGACUUUGAGUAUUUAUCGGUUAGCGAUAUGUGCGAUCUAUUGCCACAGGACACGAGCUUCCUGCGACCAAAUACCUGUGACAACUGGGUGCGAUGUGCCACCAACUACAGCUUACUGGAGCAGGGUGCCUGUGCCGCUGGACUCUACUACAACAAGGAGCUGGGUCGCUGCAUCCUGGCCUCAAGUGCCGUCUGCCCAUAUGCUGGUGUCGUUGUGGAGAAGCCAAAGAACUUGUGUGCCAAUGAGACGGAGGGAGCCUUUAUUGUGGAUCCCAGUAGCAGCGAUUGCCACGGCUACAUCCUGUGCAAGGCCAACAAACAGAUCCAGGCCAACUGCCCCAGCCAGCUGGUCUUCCAUCCCACAUCGAGAUCCUGCGUGUACGAGACCCAGUACAGCUGUCCAAUUAGCCAGACAAAGAAGACGAGUCCCGCUUGCCGAUCACUGGCUAAUAACACUCGUCUGGCCGAUCCUGUCCACUGUGAUCAGUACUACGAGUGCGUCAGCGAGAUCCUGCACAGUCGUUCCUGUCCAGCUCAGACUGCCUACGAUGCAGAUCUCGGCUAUUGUGUGGAUGUCGCCGAGGUGACUUGCUAUGAGACAGCUGUCUUGCCAGAACCGGAGGACACCUUCUGUUUGGACAACGCCACGCAAUCCGCACGCGUUGGCUACUUUGCCGACGAGGCUUCAUGCUCCCACUACUAUAUCUGUGGAAAUCCCGUGGCCGGAAAGCACGAUACGGAGCCCAAGCAUCUGAGCUGCCCCUUGGGUCAGUACUUUGACUUCGAGAAGCUCUCGUGCCGGGACAGACUCAACGUGCGUUGCCAGCUGGACAGGUGUGUGGGCACCAAUCUGGCCUACGUAAACGUGGCCGGCGAUUGCCAGAGCUACGGACGCUGCUCUGGCGGUUUGACCGUCAGUUUGGGACAGUGUCCAACUGGAUAUUACUUCGAUGAGCGUAACCAGGGAUGCACUCAAACCAACUACCACUACAUCGCCUGCUCCGUCUAGGCUGUCCAAUACCCUUCCAAUAUCACUUACUAUUUAAAGUCCUAAUAAAUCGAUCCAAAUCAAGGUGGAGGUCAAAUGCAAUGUA